AUGAAUGGACAUGCAGAAGUUGUUAAACUACUUCUUAAGGCUAGAGAUAUGGAUAUUGAUUCCAGGGACUCCGAGUAUGGUCAAAUACCUCUGGCAUGGGCUGCAGAAAAGGGGCAUCACCAGACUGUCCGGCUCCUUGAAACUGGAAAGGUGGAAGUGGAUUUUAAGGAGACCGUCUCUGGCCAAACUCCUUUAUCAAAAGCUGCAAAAAAUGGCCAUGAUGAGAGUUUUGCAGAAAUGGGGCGUGUGGAAGUCACCAAACUACUUCUUGAGACCGGAAAGGUAGAUGUUAACUCUGAGAACUCUCAAUUUAGCGAAACGCUUCUCUUAUGGGCUGCAGAAUAUCGACACAGUAGUCAAGCUGCUUCUUGGGACUGGGACGGUGGAUAUGGAUAUGGAUUAUAA